CCAAGCCUCGUGUCACUUGCUCUGCUCUGUCCUGCCUCCCCAACAACCACGAGAUAGGCGCCCGCGGUCGCAGGCCACUGAAGCUAGGCUAGCCUCCCCGAUCCGGCCGCCAUGGAGAAGCUCGGCGCGAACCCGGCCAACUCGUGCCCGCUCACGCCGCUCGGCUUCCUGGAGCGCGCCGCCACCGUGUACGGCGACUGCCCCUCCGUCGUCUACGGCGGCACCGUCUUCACCUGGUCGCAGACCCACCGCCGCUGCCUCCGCCUCGCCUCCGCGCUCGCCUCCCUCGGCGUCUCCCGCCGCGACGUCGUGUCCGUGCUGCUUCCGAACGUGCCGGCGAUGUACGAGGCGCACUUCGGCGUGCCCAUGAGCGGCGCCGUGCUCAACAGCAUCAACACGCGCCUCGACGCGCGCACCGUGUCGGUCCUGCUCCGUCACUCGGGGUCCAGGCUCAUCCUCGUCGACCCGGCGCUGCUGCCCGUGCUCGACGAGGCGCUCCGGCUCCUCCCGCCGGGCCACCCGGCCCCGCGGGUCGUGCUCGUCGAGGACCCCCAGGAGAAGGACUUCUCUCCCGCGCCCGCCGCGGCCCUGACGUACGAGAGGCUGCUCGAGAUGGGCGACCCGGAGUUCAAGUGGGUCUGGCCGGCCAGCGAGUGGGACCCGAUGAUCCUCAACUACACCUCCGGCACCACGUCGGCGCCCAAGGGGGUCGUGCACUGCCACCGCGGCAUCUUCGUGGUCACCGUGGACUCGCUCGUCUCCUGGUCCGUGCCGGAGCAGCCGACGUACCUGUGGACGCUGCCCAUGUUCCACGCCAACGGCUGGAGCUUCCCGUGGGGGAUGGCCGUCGUUGGUGGCACCAACGUGUGCCUCCGACGCGUGGACGCCGCCGAGGUCUACGACACCAUCGCCCGCCGCGGGGUCACGCACCUCUGCGGGGCACCCGUCGUGCUCAACAUGCUGGCCAACGCGCCCGAGGGCGUGCGGAGGCCGCUGCCGGGGAAGGUGCAGAUCCUCACGGCCGGCGCGCCUCCGCCGGCCGCGGUGCUGGGCCGCACGGAGGCCAUCGGGUUCGACGUCAGCCACGGGUACGGGCUGACCGAGACGGCGGGGCUGGUGCUGCUGUGCGCGUGGAAGGGCGAGUGGAACAAGCUUCCCGCGUCGGAGCGCGCGCGGCUCAAGGCGAGGCAGGGCGUGCGCACGCCCGGCAUGGCCGAGGUGGACAUCGUGGACGGCGAGACCGGCCGCAGCGUGCCCCGGGACGGGUCCACGAUGGGCGAGAUCGUGCUCCGCGGCGGGUGCGUCACCAUGGGCUACUUCAAGGACGAGGACGCCACCCGGGCGGCGAUCCGGGACGACGGGUGGUUCUACACGGGGGACGUGGGCGUGAUGCACCCGGACGGGUACCUGGAGAUCCGCGACCGGUCCAAGGACGUGAUCAUCAGCGGCGGCGAGAACAUCAGCAGCGUGGAGGUCGAAUCCUUGCUCUACGGCCACCCGGCGGUGAACGAGGCGGCGGUGGUGGCGCGGCCGGACGAGUUCUGGGGGGAGACGCCGUGCGCGUUCGUGAGCCUCAAGGAGGGCGCGGCCGACGCGGUGACCGCGGCGGAGGUGAUCGCGUGGAGCCGGGAGCGCAUGCCCGGGUACAUGGUGCCCAAGACCGUGGUGUUCCGCGCCGAGCUGCCCAAGACGUCCACCGGCAAGAUCCAGAAGUACGUGCUCCGGAACCUCGCCAAGGAGAUGGGCCCGACCCGCAGGGGCGUCAGCACCACCACCAGCAAGAUGUAGAAGUAUAACUACUCCUAGAUAGUGUCGUGGUCAUGCUACUCCUUGGCCUGGAUCGGGUGCCCUUUUAAAUUGCUGUAGAAAUUCAGGGAUGUGUCGUCUUGCUUCGCUUGAUCUGCAGCGGCCUGAUCAGCAUUCAGCAAGCCUGUCUGCUGCAGCCGCAAGAUUCUAUUAUGUGCAUGAUGCAUGUCUCCCUGCUGGUUAUGUGUGAAAUGAGGGCACCCUUGUGAUAAACUUGUUUAAUCAAUCA